AUGUCGUUCGAACUGCCCGACGACCCGACCGCUCCUAUCGUCUUCGACGACGACGGUGGUGAGGAAGGACGUAGACGUCCGCGUGGACGACAAGUUCCGAUGCAGGGAUAUGUGUACGAGAAAUAUGCUGUUGCUGUUCUCCCUUUCUGGGAGCAGGAACCACCUCUCGCACCGGAGACAUCCCAGAUCCAGGGACCGACGGCGAGCGAGGUGCCACCGCCUCCGACGAUCGCUAGUGUGAUGGCUGCUGCCACAGAUACUACUCCUACUGCCGCAGAUGCUGAAAAUACUGCUGAGGCGAUGACCGAUGAUGUACAAGACGGCACUACAGCUGUAAAAAGAGGCAAGGGCCGUCCGCGUAAGUCCACCGCAGAGGUGGACGUCGAUGUUCUUCCUCACCCCGUCUCCUCUGGUGGCAAACGCAACACCGCCACCGCCACCGAUGGUCACUCAAAACGACAUCAGCGAGGAAAACACUUGGUCUGUGAUGAUAACGACUCCCAUCGUCCCACUUCCGACGAGGAGAUACGCGAGAUGUAUGCACAAGACGAAGAAAACGAAGUCGAUAUCGAGUUGAAGCGUGCUGUGGAGAACUCUGACGAGGAUAUGGAUGCAGCUCCCUCUCGCCCCAGUACUCAGCGGCGUGACCCAUAUGGGCGCGUUAACCGCCGAACUGACGGUGUCGCGCUCAGCACACAUAAGCCUAAGCACCCUGGCUACCGGACGGAAAGCGAGGUUCGUACCUCGACAUCCGCCCAUCGCCACCGAGGUCCUGUACCCAGGGAAGCGUACACAGACGAGGAGGAAGAGGCAAAUGCCGCUGCGGAGGCUGCCGCGGAGGCAGCGGCCGCCAAGGGUUUAAAGUCGUCCAAGAGAGGCGCGCAUAUGUCCUCUUCUGCCCGGGAGCCUCCCUCCCGAGGCCGCCGUGCCUCUACCAAGUCUUCCACUCUCCCUGUAAAUGGCCGCGCCAGGCCGCGCAAAGUGCAACCAGAGACGAACAAAAAAGUCACCGGCAAGAGGGGACGUAACAGGCUCACCUCGGAGGAGAGCGGUGCUGACUCUGACGUGGAGGUAGAGCUGGUUACCCCUCCUGCUUCUUCCAGGAGAAAAUCGAGGACUAAAGCGAUAGUUGACGAGGACAUGGAUGAUGAAGAUCCGCUCCUCCUCCUGCCGACUCCCGUUAAAAAACGUGGCCAUCCGCCAAAGCGGCCUCGCACUGAAGAACACGCCGAGAGCUCUCCACGCCAAAGUGGCAAAGGAAAGUCAAAGAAGUCAAUGGAAUCUAUCGAGGAACCGGAAGCACCGAUCAACAUCUCUGUACUGCGGAUGCGUGCUGCCCGCGCUGCACGACUUGCUGAAGAGGCUGCUGCCGCUGCUGCUGCGGAAGCAGCUGCCCUGGCGGCGUGGGAGGCGGAAGAGGAGGAGGAGGACGCGGAAGGAGAACCAGACCCUGCGUAUAUGGCCAUCUCUUCGCAGUCACCCAAAAUCACUCGCUCGCCACGGACUACUCGUGCUGCCCGCGGACGCCGCUCUCGUGCUGAGGAAUCAGAGGAAGAGUACCGCGCUUCUAGCGAUGAACAGAACACCGAAGAAGAAGAAGAGGAGGAGGAGGAAGAGGAGACCGGACCGAGGAAACGGAAGUCCAGGAAAAACGAAGUUGUGGAUGAGGAGCCGGAAGAAAACACGACACGUCGCAGACGGUCAGGCAGGCUGAGCAGGCGUCCGAGCAGGUUUGCGGCCGGGGCUGAGGAAGAAGAACUAGAUGAAGCCCAAGAAGAAGCGGAACAGCAGCCGUUGCGUCGCUCAACUCACAAUGCUAGGAAGGACGAUGUCGAAGAAGAAGUACGUCGCUCACCUCGGAAAAAUCGGAGGGUCAGUUAUGCCCGCAUCGAGGAUGAAGAGGACGAGGAGCCUGUGGAGGAGGUUCCCGUGCUUCGUCGUUCCACCCGCUCUACUCGCCAGAGUUAUGUUGAGGUAGAUGAAGACGACGAGGUCGAAAUUGUCUCGUCGGCGCCUCCCAUCCGCACCACACGUUCUACUCGUGCUUCUGCUGUCGAAGAACCAGAGAUUGAGAAUACACCCCCGCCACGCAGGUCGGCACGCGUCUCGAUGGGCAAACCGGCGGUGGACGACAACUCGCCGCGCAUUCCGCGUACUCGCAGCGCAUCUAAGAUGGAAGCACAGCAACAUACUCCGAGAUCCACUCACAGGCAGGCCAAGAAGGAGCAAGAUAAGGUUUACGAAACCGAGGAACAUUCUCCACUUCGGCGAGUCACUCGCUCUGGUGCUUCAGCGCCUCAACCUGCUGAGUCCUAUGAAAUCGCUCCGCCCACCACACGUCGCACGCGUCACUCAAACGCUGCAGAUACCGAAAAGGCCGCAAGCGCGCCUGAGCUACCUGAAGGCUUCAAGUUCCUCGACUCCAUUUACAUUGAUGAGAAGCCUCUCCAAUUGUCCACAGCCACCACGCAGUCAAAGCGGACUUCAACUUCUGCCGCGACCAAGCAGUCCCCAAGCAAGGCGAAGAGCAAACGACCUGUAAAGAGUGAGGCGCCUGUCAGCUCAAAGAAAACGAGCACGCCUCGCGUCACCCGAGGCAAGCAGGCUGCUGUUGAAGCAGCUGCUAAACGUGAAACUAUCAAGCAACGAAUGACUGAGCGCACCGGCCGUGGCAGGGAGACAAUGACGGAAGAUGAGGCUAGUGGGAAAGCGGGGAAAGCGGGGAAAGCGGAGAAAGCGAAGGAUGCAACACCCAAGUGCCCAUCGAGCAAGGCAACUCAAGCUAAGACGCCGGCGUCUAGCGCGAAAAGUGCGAAAAGUCCAAAGUCCAAGACGAAGGACGCACCCUUUGCUAGAAAAUCUGCUGAAAAGGCUAAGAUUGGUGGGAAGAAGUUGACCGGCAAACCCACCACACCUCGGAAGAAACGUGCCACGGCUCAGGAGGCGGUGACAAGAAAGACCGCUGCUUCCCAACAUCGUACGCGCCCCAAAACCGCCUCAUCCCCUGCCGAAUUGCAUGAGCCCGCUACGAACAUGUCUUCCACAAUGGUGCAGCCUGUGGUCAGUGAUGAUGAUACCGAGUCUGAAGGAGAGGAUGGCGUGAUAGUCAAUGAUGAUGGCACUGAGUCUGAGGAGGAGGUUCAGAGAGCCAGUGAUGAUGAUGAUAUGUCUGAGGGGGAGGACGCCGUAAGAGCCAGUGGUGAUGGUAUUGCGUCUGAGGAGGAGGAGGUCAUGAGAGUCUACAAUGCUGAUACUGAGAGGGAGGGAGUCACGUUAGUUAGUGAUGACGAUACGGAAUCGGAGGGUGAGGGAGGGGAUUUAGGUGAAAAGGAUGUUAUCGGAACGGACGUUAUCUCAAAGAGUCAAGCUCAGCACUACCUUCCUGAUUCUAACGACGAAUUGACGUAUGACGAUACAACGCAACCCCCGAUUGAGAAGGAAACAUCUGAUAGAGACGACAUUGGCGACGACAUUCAAAACGAUGGUGCUGCACAGAUACUCUCUCUUCUUACCCCAGCUACGGGAUCUGAUUGA